AACACAUUCUUUAUUGAACAGAGUCGCAGAAUAAUGACGUAACAGUGUUUUGGUGCGUUCAGCUUGAAGCAUCUCUCUGCAGUUCACUUAACGUACUUGUUGCCUUUUAUCAUUGUUAAAACCAUGUAUUUUAUUCGAUUUCUUUCCAAAGGUAUUAAUACCUUUAAAAAGGGUAGAGUUUUUGCUGCAACUGUUUUGGCUUUGGCAGAGGAGAAAAAACGUUUGGAACCAGUGACGGAAGAAUGUUCUCUAUCACCAACUAUGAUGGCACUGAAAACGGCAAAAACAAAUAAACCCUAUGAAGCCAAGGAGCCCAAAGCUGCUGGUCCAGACACUAAGCCAGUGAAGAAGUCUUCAGGACCUGGUAAACCUUGCAGCAGUCCAGGAGUCUAUAAACCAUGCGAACGAGAAUGCGUUAAAAAAGAAGUGGAACAAGAAGUCAAGUGUGUAGAUGACCUGAAGGACAAAGCUUCGGAACAAUUAAAUGAAUUUAGAAAAGCUCACACGACACCUGUCGGCAAUGUCACAACGGGGUCAGGGGCGCCAUUGGGAGUGAAUGCUAAAACGACUAGUUUGUCAACUGGUACCACUGGCUAUAUUUUACUUCAAGAUUCCGUAUUAUUGGAAGAAUUAGCACAUUUUAAUAGAGAACGUAUUCCAGAAAGAGUUGUGUCAGCUAAAGGAGCAGGCGCAUUUGGUCAGUUUGAAGUGACCGAGGACUUUUCCAAAUAUUGCAAAACAACUAUCUUCAAUAAAGGCAAGAAAACUCAAGUGGCAGUUCGAUUUUCUAGUUUUGGUAGUGAAAAUGGCACUGCGGACACAGAGCGAGACAUACGAGGCUUUUCUAUAAAGUUCUAUUCAGAAGAUGGUGUCUGGGAUCUAGUCGGCGCUAAUACACCAGUUUUUUUUAUUCAAGAUCCAAUGAAUUUGCCAAGUUUGGUUCAUGCCAUGAGAAGAAAUCCUGUAACGCAUUUAAAGGAUGCUGAUAUGUUCUGGGACUACAUUACAUUACGUCCAGAGACUGUCCAUCAAAUCCUAUUUCUGUUUUCUGACCGAGGACUUCCUGAUGGUUACAGACACAUGAAUGGGUACGGAAUACAUGCUUACAAACUGACCAACAAAAAUGGAGAGAGUUUCUUCUGCAAAUUCCACUUAAAGACUAACCAGGGUAUUCGAAAUUUAACUCCAGACCAAGCCCUCUUUCUUGCCAGUAUGGAAUCAGACUAUUGCACUAGAGAUUUAUUUAAUGCAAUCGGUGAAAAACGUUGUCCAUCGUGGACAUUGUGUGCUCAGAUUAUUCCAGAAAGUGAAGCUUUAGAGUUGGCAAAGACAGCAAACAACCUGUUUGAUGCCACAAAGGUCUGGUCACAGAAGACUUACCCAUUGAUCAAUAUUGGCAAACUGACACUCAAUAGAAAUCCCAAAAGUUAUUUUUCAGAAGUGGAACAACUGGCCUACUCUCCAGCUAAUUUGGUGCAAGGUAUUGAUGUCAGUCCAGACAAGUUGUUGCAGGGUCGUAUCUUUGCUUACUCAGACAGCCAGCGCUAUAGAUUGGGUCCCAAUUAUCAACAACUCUGUGCUAAUAGUAACCCUUGCUUGAAGACUAAAACCUAUCAGCGAGAUGGAGAUAACUUUGUGGAUCUGACAGAAGGUGGACCAAAUUUCUUUCCUAAUAGUUAUAAUGGACCAGUGGAGAAACCUGGAAUUCAGGAAAGCUGUAAUGUCAUUCCUGAAACAACCACUAGUCGCCACGUGCUGAAAGAAGAGGACCAUUUCAGUCAGGCCAAAGUAUUUUACAAAGAGGUGUUAAAAGAUGAAGAGCAAAAAAAUCUAGCCAAGAACAUAGCUUGCCACCUCCAACGAGCUCACUCCUGUCUGCAAGAUAAAGUCUUAGCAUUGUUUCAGCAAGUGGAUGAACAGCUUCACAAAGAUAUUGCUACUUAUUUGGCCGAAUAUCAAGCCGCAAUUUUUGAGACUGAAGUUGCAUUAGCAACAAGCCAAAAGAAAACUGACGCGAAAUCCAACUAGGCUCUUUGAUUCUUGAGGUUUUUGUUUUGUUUUGACAUCGUUGUUUAUUUUGUCUUUUCACACAUGAAUAGUAUUUGAAAUGGUGUAGGUUCACCAAUGGUUUACCUUUUUUAAAAUAAAGACUACUCUAGACUCGA